AUGACAAUCUCCAAAACUGGAGGUGAGGAACGACUAAUAAUUCUGCCGGAUGAAUGCGAUGCUUCGGAAAUCAUAAACACAUUUACGCUGCCGCCUUGUUCUAACAUUGCAUCGAAGCCACUGAUUGAACUAUUUGAGAAUACUGAUGGUAGACUCUACCAGGUAAAAUAUUUCCAGUUUGGUAAAGGACCAUCUUAUUCACACGAGGAAGACUUGGCAAAUGACAAGUAUCAUUAUACAAAGGAAGAUCACCCGAUUAAAUCAACCUUUAUCAUGAAUAAUUCCAAUCCUGCCGAUGGUCGCAUUUUGAAUUCAAGCAAACUUUACUUUUGUACGUUACACGAUGUUGCUUUCAGUCUUAUUGGAUUUCAUUAUAGAGCCAGUGUUGCGGAGGAUGAACAAGACUACAUCAAGCCCAGCGACACUGGAGAGAGCCAGACUGCUAACAGGAGGAAGGACCAUGAGAGGUUUCUUACAAUUCGCGACUAUCAUGACUUGCUAACAGAUAGUCAUUGCAAAAACUGGAGCCAUAUUUCUCUACGCUGUCUUGAAAGUGGGCUUACAAAGAUAUCCGAAACCAUCGAAGAAGCUGGUGAAAUAUAUUACAAGAUUACGCCUGCACUAAUAACGAGAUAUUUGGUAGGUAAAGUAUCGAAAAUCACAGAGAAUUUUCCUCCAAGCUUUCCCAUACUUAGACAUGCACCAGUAGAUAUAGUACAGUGCUACAAGGUAGUUAUGGCUACUAAUCUUUUGGUUUCUUUGAUCCCGAAGGAGGCUUACCGUAAUUUAAUCGAAUUUUCACCAAGUUCGACGGACGAUAACCUCAAUCUGGAAAUAAAAUCUAGCUUCACAAACCUCGAAAACUAUCAAACCACCGACGAGUUAAAAAACGCUGAAAAAGAAUUACUAAUGAAAAACGCUAUGAAUGUUGGCAUAGGUUCAAAUGGCGGUUCUGUGUCUGUAAAGAAAGUUGUAAAAAAAGCCGUUGUCAGCAAAAAACCAAGAGUCGCUAUAGGAAAAGGCGCUAUCGAUGGGUUCUUUAAACGUAAGUAG